GGCAAGAAGAGAAUAGAAAUGGCAUGAAAACUGCCAACAAACUUAAGCCACUCUCAUCAAAUUCCACCCGGUGUUUGCGGUAGUGGCUUCUGCGGAUGUUUCGUUUCGUGAUUGUGUCAACUGGCAAUGAACAGCGCGCUGACGUGGUUUGCCAGCGACCAAAGGUCACUUUGAAGCCCAAGAAAGGACUUGCUGCUGCGCGUUUUAGUCUUCGUUGGACGUUUACUCGUGUGAGCCAUGGGGCCACCUGUCAGCAGGCUUCUGCUGGCUCUUGGCCUUCUCUCCGUGAGAUGGAAUCCCGCUGGCGCUCACAAGUUUUCUGAUUUCAAGCUGUGCGCAGAUGAAGGCUGCAAUGCCAUCAUGAGCCACGUGAAGGCGCUCAGGGAUUACGAGGCUCCGGAUUGCCGCUACCUUUCCUUCAAGGCCAAGGACAGGAUUCAGGUGUUCAUGAAACUCACCGGCGAGUCAGACUCCCUCUGGGCUGGCAGCUGUCAAGGGAAGAUUGGAUUUUUCCCAAAAGAUGUUGUCAAGGAAGCCCAGCCAUUUCUGAACGCAAAGGAGAUCAAAUUGCCGUCAACGGAGAGGGACUUUAGGUGUCUCGAUGGAGAAUAUGUUGGGGAAGAAAACGACAGCAGUGAGGACAUUGAGGACAACUCAGCUGAAUUGGACUCGGCCGAAUUGGCUGUGGGCAACCCUGAGGUUGAGGAUCAGGAGUUCAUUGAAGACACCUCCUCAGAAGAGAACGUCAUCGGUUCUGGAGAGGAUGACAUCUUGGCUGAAAGGGCCGACUUGGUAAAGCCUCCAGAGAUAAAGUCCACCGGCAUUGCCGCCACCAUGCAAGGGCUUCUGUCCAACGCGGGAGGUAUCCUUGGAUGGUUCAGUGGAGACAAAGCUGCGUCUCAGUUCGAAACAGGCCCGGCGGCAGGCGACGCUGCAGGGCCAGGAGAUGCUGCUGAUAUGCUGAGCCACUUCGGCGACGAGCAGCGUGCCCCAGGUGGAAAUGGAGAGCUGGCAAGCGACGUUGCGCAAUCGCCAAGUGGGGACAGUGGUGCCGACUCAUCCAAGCCAGGCGACGUCGCAGCGGAACAGGAGGUGAAAAUCGACCUGGGACAUGAGGUGCCUACACCUGGAGAUGAAAUCGCCAAAGUGCCACAUGUGCCUGGAGGGUUCCUUAAUAACGUGCAGAGUCUCGUGAGUGGCUUCAACUUCUUCGGAUCUAAGCCGGCGCCAGACGACAAGCCCGCUGGUACAGGUGGGAUCGUUACAAGUGAAAAGAGCGAAGAGACAAUCUUGCAAGACCGUUCCCCGACUCUUCAGCCCAUAGAUGAAUCUCAGGCCUCGGUUGAGGCUUCAGCCCCAGAUAAACCCACAGCUGAUGCUUCAGCAGAUCUGAGCAAUAAUGCGAAUGUUGAAGUGGUUACAAAAGACCCACAGCUGCCAAGCGCAGAGCCACUGGCGUAUGGGAACACGCUUGUGUUAACAGAGGAGAGCAACGGUGGGGACAUCAGCAUAUCUCCCGACACCUCUUCUACUGGUGACCGUGGAGCAGGUCUUUCCGAGUCCUUGGACGAACCGAUGUUGGAUGUUCGUGUUGGGUCACUGCCGGUGCCAUGGCUCGUGUCCAGGCUGGACCAUCUGCUCCUGAGGGCCACCACCUCCGUGUGGCCAUCGCUGGCACCAACAGUCACCCUGAUGGUGCCAGACUGGGUGUGCCCAGGUGGAGUGAAGAACGCUGGGCAGUUCACUCCGUUGGCCAUGGCCGCCCUCGGCGCUCUGGGUUUUAGUAGCCUGCUCCUGGGCUUUGUGUUCCGCCUCGGCUCUGUGAUAAAGAAUAGAAGAUGUCUAUCGAGGGAAGCAAAACUGAUGUGCCAGGUAGCUGCUCUUCUCCAGGAAAAAUCAGCACUCGCCAUGGAAAUCAGCGACUGCACUCAGAAGUUGACAGCAAAGCAAGAUGCCGAUGAGGAGCAGCUUCAUCAGGCGGGCUCGUCGGGACGCGUGGCGGAGCUGCGGGAGUCGAAUGCUGAGCUGCGGCGUGUCAUGGCUGAGCUGCGGAGCGCCGCGAGCGAAGUGACCGCGGAGCUGAGUGACGUCCGCAGCGAGCACCGGGGGCGCCGUGACCAGGUGUCACCCACGAGGGACGAUGAGGAGGAGAAGGGGGAAGAGAAUGAGGAUCUGGGAUCUAAGCUCAUUGAGGCAGAACAUCUCCUGGCUGCCGCCCUGAGCAGAGUGGACGUCCUUGCUGCCACCCUGGAGGCCUCGACCCAGAGCAGAGACAGCCUUGUGGGUCGUAGCGAGCAGCUGGAGGUGGAGGAGCUGCGACGGUGCAGGGAGGAGGUGGCCGCUCUGUGGCGUGACCUGGAGGAGGCGAGGUCCACGCAGGCCGCCCUGGAGACCACCCUGGCCGACAAGUGCUCGGAGCACCAGAUGAUGUCCGAGUGUCUGCAACAGCUGGAUUUGCUGGCUGGGAGCGCGCUUGGUGCCGAGAGCCGGGGAGGCUCGUAUCCGGUGUGGGGGUCAAGCGAGCACCAUGCUACCAAUGCCGUGCUGAUGAAGGCCACGAUUGAGCGUGUGGAGGGCGAGACUCGGAGACUCGGGGAGCAGCUGCUGAGCGAGGAGAGAGCCACCCAGGAGCUCCGAGAGCGGGCGAGCAGCUUGGGCAGGGAGUGCGCGGCGGUGUGGCAGGACGAGGAGCAGGGCCGGAGAGGGCUGGAGGCGCUGCGCGUGCGCCUCCAGCUGCUCACCGACAUGCACCGCGGCACGGACGCCACGCUCAAGAGGGAGUUGUCGGAAAAGGAGAACUCUGGGCAGACGAAGGCUUCUGCGUGUUCAGAGGCUGAACAGAAAGCACUGCAAGCGAUGGAGGAAGCCACACGAUACAAGCAGCGCGUGAGUGACCUCAAAAGGGAGCUCAGGCAGACGGAAAACUCCUUCAGGGACCAAAUUUCUACGCAAGAGAAGGACAUUCACGAGCAGUGGUUUGCUGCUCGCAAGGCCGAGAGGGAGCUCGUGGAGGUCAGGAAAGAAAUGAGCGUGCUCCAGAGGUUGUUCGAGGUGAAGGGCAGCGCCCCCCAACUCGUGCACCCCACACCAAGUCGCCCUCCCACCGGCUCGCCGCUGGGCGCCUUCCCCCCUGAACCUACAAACGGAUUGGUGCCGGACAGGAGGAGGAGCCUUCCAUCUCCUGGCCCCCCUCAACACAGAGGACCCCAGCACCACGGGUCCAACAGCUCCCUGGCAUCCAGCUCCAGUCUGGACGUCGAUAAUGACGGGCGCCUGGCUGUGGCGCCACCACGACGGCCCUCCUCCCACUGCGGAGCUCCACUCUCGCCACCGCCCACCCUCGGAGGCUCCUUCACAGAGCCCUCGCCUUUCCGACCUCGCCGAGGAGGCCCUCUCUCCCCGCUCCUCGGAGCUCCGCGCUGGUGCCCCGCUGCACCGUGGGGACCGCUCCCGCCUCCAGGGGGCGACAUGGGCCCGAGGUGCAACCUCUCCCCGCUGAUGGACCCCCGCACGCUGCUGCUGCCCAGCCCACCUCCUGCUGCUCCUCUUCCACCUCCACACAGGGGCCUUGCGCAGCCUCCUAGAGGGUUUCCUCCAGCACGGAGCCCAGCUCCGCUGUACGGCCCAGCUCCGCUGUACGGCCCAGGUCCGCUGUACGGCCCAGCUCCACCGUACGACCCACGCCACGUGCCUCGCAUUCAGGGCCGGGCAAACCAAACUGAAGGUACACAUUUGUGUCAUCGUGAAUUCACUUUGGUUUACCUAGGAAAGCCACCGCUAAGUCUCAAGGUUAUUUUUCGUGAAGGUCCUUCAUUAUGAUGUUUGGCCCAUCACAAAUGAGUGUUUGGCCCAUCACAAAUGAGUAUUUGGCCCAUCACAAAUGAGUAUUUGGCCCAUCACAAAUGAGUGUUUGGCAUGUUGGUUUGAAACUAGAGUGCCUGAAGAAAACCCACGCAUACGAGAUGCCACUCAAAGUUCCGCACAGUUCGAUACAAAACAUUGCCGGACUUCCAUCUGCUGGCCACU